AUUGUGGAUUUACUGCUAUGACUGAAUUCGCUUUACUAAAAACACCCCUUGCACCAACGCCGUCCUUUGCCGCUUCAAGUUUUUUGCUUUUAGGUACAAUCAUUUACCACUAUUAUGUUUGAUCAAAAGCCCCUUUUCAAAAUACUAGAUUUUUGGUUACCCUGAAUUGGAUAUCUUAAGAGGAGAAUGACUAAAAAUGAAGAACAAGUUGUGAUUAAAGCCACAAGUAAAAAGGUCUCAAAAUCUUGUGCUGAUGUAUAAGUGAGGGGGGCAAUAUGGUAAAAUUGAGACGAACCGAUAUUCCCAUCCACAGACGAUCUUGUAAUACCGGUAAAUCCGUUAAAAUCGACAGCAAUGAUGAGGGAGAUAAAGCUGUAGCAAAAACAGAGACAUCUCCAACGGAGGAGAAGGUCUUGGGGCCUAUAGGAAACCUUGGCAACAAUAAGGACUUGUUUCUAAGAGCAGAUAAGAUAGAUUUCAAGAGCUGGGAUUUGCAACUGGAUAAGCACUUGAGCAGGGCUUGGUCUAGGGACAAAGAUAUUUCAAUUAUGACAAAGAAGGAAGAGUGGGAAAUUGAUUUGGCUAAACUUGAUAUAAGGCAUGUUAUAGCUCAUGGGACUUACGGCACCGUGUACCGUGGCGUUUAUGAUAGCCUAGAUGUUGCAGUGAAGGUAUUGGAUUGGGGAGAGGAUGGGAUCGCCACAGUUGCUGAAGCUGCUGCUCUUCGGGCAUCAUUCCGGCAAGAGGUUGCUGUUUGGCAUAAGCUUGACCAUCCAAAUGUUACAAAGUUUAUUGGAGCUUCAAUGGGAACUUCCAAUCUUAAGAUCCCGACCAAUGGUGCAGCAAGUGGGAAUAAUAAUUCUUUUCCUUCCAGAGCAUGUUGUGUUGUUGUUGAGUACCUUCUAGGUGGGACGUUAAAGAAUUUUUUGAUCAGAAACAGGAGGAAGAAACUUGCCUUUAAGGUUGUGAUUCAAAUUGCUUUGGACCUCUCUAGAGGUUUGAGCUAUCUUCACUCCAAAAAUAUAGUACACCGUGAUGUCAAGACAGAAAAUAUGUUGCUAGAUGCUCAUAGAACUUUGAAAAUUGCUGACUUUGGUGUUGCUCGAGUUGAAGCUCAGAAUCCAAGAGACAUGACUGGGGAAACAGGCACUCUUGGUUACAUGGCUCCAGAGGUCCUUGAUGGGAAGCCUUACAAUAGGAAAUGUGAUGUCUACAGCUUUGGUAUAUGCUUAUGGGAAAUAUACUGUUGUGACAUGCCUUAUGCUGAUCUUAGUUUCGCUGAAGUUUCAUCAGCAGUAGUGCGACAGAAUUUACGACCAGAGAUUCCUAGAUGUUGCCCAAGUUCAUUGGCAAGCAUCAUGCGAAAAUGUUGGGAUGCACACCCUGAAAGACGUCCUAACAUGGAUGAGGUGGUGAGAUUGCUAGAAGCAGUAGAUACAAGCAAGGGAGGUGGCAUGAUACCCGAUGACCAAGCUCCUGGCUGUUUCUGUUUCACCCCCCGUGGCCCUUGAUAAGUUUUAGCACAUUCGUUUAUUUUGUCCUACAUUUCUUUAGUUGAGAGAUAACCUGAAGCAGUUCAUUGUUUGCCUCUAGCUCGUCUUUCGAUAACGAGGUCAUUGGUUUCUAUAUUGCACAUGAGCAUAACCGUAUUAAACACCAUGUAGAACCCGUGGUUCAAUCCUUCAAUUCAGUGCAUUGUUUGUUGCAUAGUAUGUUUGUAUUUCGUUUAUAAUUAUUUUAGUGGCAUGAAUGCCUAAAUGAUGGGGCUCCAAUAAAAGUUAAAACUGUAAUAGUUACAUCAAUUUCUUCCAAUAGAUUUUUUUUCUUACAGUGAGAAUCAUCGCAAUAACUGGUGAAUCCAACAGGGUCAUUGGGAAGUUUUUGUGCAAAGCUAAAAGAAGAGAAAUCGGUUGUCAUUGAAGGAGGGCAAAAAGCGCCAGGAAUAAUAACCUUCUGGAUGAGCAUAAAAGUUGAUGUAGAUAAGAUGCAUGAACUAGAACAUUGGUAAUGUUCAGAAUCAGAACUUUCCGAUAUGCAGAUACUGAUGUUCCACUGGAACCUUGAGUGCCAAGAAACCUUGCUCGCUUUUCCUGGAUAGCAACUAGAAGAAACAAUAUGUCAUCCCUUUGCUUGUCGAUGAAAUGAUGAGUUUAUUUUUUAUGCUGCACUUGAAGGGUAAUGGACGAGACAGAUUCCAAUUCCAAAGCCAAAUUCUUACCUGUUUAACUCUAUACCCCG